CUGAGCCAUAGAGUGCUAUAGAGAGAGACCCAGCAUGUCCAAAGCCAAGGCUGUCAAUUACAAAGGUCCAUACGGAUACCAGAAACAGAAGGAUCGUGAGUCCAGAUCAUGCGUCCGAUAUAAAUGUGCUCUGACAAACACCAUAGCAGAUGUUCUGCGGCAGCGACCAGGCUGGGUGGAAGUGAAAGAGGAUGGUGAGUGGGAUUUCUACUGGUGUGAUGUGAGCUGGCUGCGAGAGAACUUCGAUCACAUUUAUCUGGAGGAGCACGUGCGCAUCUGCCAUUUCCGUAACCACUACGAGCUAACACGCAAGAAUUACAUGGUGAAAAAUCUGAAGCGAUUCCGUAAACAGCUGGAGAGAGAAUCUGGCAGACUGGUGGCUGCACAGUGUGACUUCUUCCCCAAAACAUUCGAACUGCCAGCUGAAUAUCACCUCUUUGUAGAGGAAUUCCGCCAAAACCCUGGAAUUACCUGGAUUAUGAAACCGGUGGCCAGAUCACAGGGCCGUGGAAUAUUCCUGUUCCGGAAGCUGAAGGAUAUCAUGGAUUGGAGAAAGGACGGUGGACGUACAGACGACCAGAAAGAUGAAAUUCCAGUGGAAAAUUACGUGGUUCAACGUUAUAUAGAGAAUCCUUAUUUAAUUGGAGGGAGGAAGUUUGACCUGCGAGUUUAUGUCCUGGUUACGUCGUAUGUUCCCCUCCGUGCCUGGCUGUACCGUGAUGGAUUUGCACGCUUUUCAAACACACGAUUCACACUUAGCAGCAUUGAUGACCACUAUAUCCAUUUAACCAAUGUGGCAAUCCAGAAAACUGCACCAGACUAUGACCCAGAGAAGGGAUGUAAGUGGAUGGUCCAACGACUGCGCCAGUUUUUAACGGCUCGCCAUGGUCCAGAGGAAGUUGAAAAUCUCUUCCAAAACAUGGAUAAUAUCUUCAUCAGGAGCCUGCAGAGUGUUCAGAAGACCAUCAUCAACGACAAGCACUGCUUUGAGCUGUAUGGCUAUGACAUCCUGUUGGACGAGGACCUUAAACCGUGGCUUUUGGAAGUGAAUGCCUCCCCUUCUCUGACAGCCAGCAGCCAGGACGACUAUGAGCUGAAGUGCCACCUACUAGAUGACACGUUGCACGUGGUGGACAUGGAAGGCAGACUGACUGGGAAAGAGAAACGAGUUGGGGGUUUUGACCUCAUGUGGAACGAUGGCCCAGUGUCCCGGGAUGACGGAUUGCAGGCCAUUCUCAUCAAUGGAUCUUUUGCUGUAAACACACACCUAGGCUGCAUUAAUGAUCGACUAGAACAGCUCAGACAGCUCCUGAAACCCACACCUGCUAAGAAACUGUGACAUCCAUCACUUCUCAAUACGCUGCAUUGAGUGAAAUCCAUUUCCACAUUUCAUGUACAAAUAUAAACAACCGUCUGAACUGUCCUAUGUUAAAAUGCUUAAAAGGAAUGGAAUUGGUGUGAGUUGAAAACCAAAUGGCAGAAAUUAAGCAAACAUUUUAAAAGAUUCCUCAUCACCGCUAUAAUCACAGAUUGGGCUGAAUCAGAUACACUGAAAUCCUUCACAGUCUGGUAUUUCUCCAAAUCCAUGUAUGAGAACUUCUGGAAUACUAUUUGCU